AGGUGGAUAAAGUUCGUCUCCACGUUGGAAGUGAUAGAAAGUAUUAUCCCUGUUCGGACACCGUCUCUGCGUUUUAACGGGAAGGAGGAUCACUCAAAGCGGAUUCUUCGGGUGAGAAAACACGGAGGAUCGGUGACGGUGACGGGGGAACGACGUUUCUGUUUGUUUGUUUUGUUGGUGAUCGCUCGGUACCGGAGAGAAAAGUUUUCUCAGGACACGAAGUUGUCAAGUGAGUUGAACUUCAACAAUAGGCGGACUCUAUCACAAGACAGAGGAGAGACAGGGGAGGCGCAGGGCUCAUGUAAACAGUCGAAAAAUGGAAGCGACGUUUUACGACGAAGCCGUGAAUGGCUCCAGCUCUCAGCAUGACGGGCCCACGGUGUAUGGGUUCAACCCCAAAACCCUGAAACAGACCAUGACGCUGAACCUCAACGACCCGAGACACUUCAAGCCCCAGCUGAGCGCCAAGGCCCUGGACAUCCUCACGUCCCCAGAUGUCGGCUUGCUGAAGCUGGCCUCGCCUGAACUGGAGAGACUGAUCAUCCAGUCCUGCACCGGGCUGACGACUCCCACCCCGACCCAGUUCGUCUGCCCCAAGAACAUCACGGACGAGCAGGAGGGGUUCGCUGAAGGCUUCGUGAGGGCUCUGGCGGAGCUCCACUACCACCAGCAGCCCCCCGCCGCCGCCCACCCUGACGCACAGACCGGCAUGGGGUCCGACUCUGCUGCGUCCGAGAGCGACGGGGUCCCGUACAGCUGCACGGUGCGCGCCGACCCGCCGGAGUACACGAACUUGGGGGCUUUCAGUCGGGCUGUGGGCUCCGGGUCUGCACCUGCCAGCGACAGGCACCAGCCUUUAAGUUACCCGUCCCACAGCAGCAUGGAGCACAGUCUGGCGGCAGCGCGCAACUCGCGGCUACACGCACUCAAAGAGGAGCCGCAGACGGUGCCCGAGAUGUCCGGCGACACCCCGCCGCUCUCCCCCAUCAACAUGGAGAACCAGGAGCGCAUCAAAGCGGAGAGGAAGCGCAUGAGGAACAGGGUGGCCGCCUCCAAAUGCCGGAAAAGGAAGCUGGAGAGGAUCUCCCGGCUGGAGGACAGGGUCAAAAACCUCAAGACCCAAAACACGGAGCUGGUUUCCUCUGCCAACGUCCUCCGGGACGAGCUGGCCCUGCUCAAGCAGAAGGUCAUGGACCACGUUAACAGCGGCUGCCAGCUCAUUUUGACGCAGCAGCUCCAAGCUUACUAGACUACCAAGAGUAAAAAAAAAAAAAAAAAAAAACCCAGAAAACAAGGGACAUUUCUUGUGGACCAAAUGCAGCAUAAAAGGGGCCCAUUCGGCCAUGCGGGGGAGCCCCUGCGUUUCUUUGAAUUUCAUCCACCAAAUUAUCCUCUCAGGCUGCAUCCACUUAGUUUCUGCAGACAAAGAGCAAGAAUGGAGACUGACAAGAUACUUGUAAAUGGUCAGUGCGAUGAACUAUUAGAGCAGAGGCCAACAAACCUGCUUCACGGACGGACAAAGCUCAGAGAGAGCAUUUGCUCUAAACUCUGAUGUGACUUUUAGAGAAAAAGAAAUGUUUUUAUUCCCCCCCCACUCAAGAUGUAAUUAGUCAAGGCAAUAUGGCAAUUGUCAUACUUAAAGCUAGAAGGAAUUAUUAGUUUAUAAUUCUGACAGACACCCAGAGCAUGUGUGGGAUCAAAUUGCAAAUUGACAGAAACACAAUGUGAACGAGGCGUUGCCCUGCAAAUCUUCCACUAUGUCAAGUAUAAAUGUAUGCAUAAAGACUUGAGUCGAGCACUGAGUAUCCCACCAGCGACUAUACAGUAUGUACAGAAUAACACUAACAAAACAAAUCACACCUUUACGCAAGGACUCUUAGGUGUGUGUAGCGUUUACUGACAAAACCUGCCUUACUUUCUUAACCUUUAUGUUCAUACAAAUUUGUGAUAUAGACCUGAAAUAACACUUUGUAAUAAUAUUUGUACGCUGUCUUUUUAGCACUUCAGAACUGUAAAUAUGAAAAAAAUAAAAUGUUGGACACGC